UGAAUAGUGAAGUUAAUAAAAAUGUAUUGUUUUCUAGAUCUAGACACUAUAGACUAUUAUGGCUACAUAGUUAGUGAAAGGUGGCUUGUAGACUAAACAAGACAAAAAACUUUCCAAAGACCCAACCAUCUUACAAGCUGCAUGCUGUCCACUUGGAUUUCACUUCAAGGUACUGGAACAACUUUGAUGACGUAAUUGCUGAAAAGUUUCAAGGAUGGGCUUUCUUUGAAUCCAAUGACGUCUAUGUCAAGAGGCAAUUUUUAUGUUUUCCUUUUAUAUACGACUAGGACAAGAUUCAUAUUGUUUGUUACAACGGAGUCAUCAAGUUUGGAAAGAGUUUAUCACAGUCUUCUGAAGGUAGCUACGAGUAUGCCAUGAAUCUGAUUGAUGCCCAAAUUUACCUCUUGCCAAUAUGUCUGCAAAUCAAAUUCCGAGACAAGAGGAAAAAGUAUAUCAUCAUGAUGGAGAAACUUGAAGGUUACAAAUACAUGAUUAGAACACUGAAAGUUCAAAAGCAAGAAAAGUUCCGAGAGAAGGAAAUGUAUCUCUGUGACAGAAUCAAGUAUCUCCACAGAGUACAAACAAACCAUGUAACCCAGACAACAAAGCUUCCUUGCAGACACCUUUACAAAUAUAUUUUAGAGGACGCCAGAAAGACUCCAGCGCCAAGCAGGCAUAGUGGGCACUAUCUCCACCUGAGAUGUCAAGCCAGACGAAAGAGUUUAGUAGACUGUAUUUGCUAUUAUACAUGUUGGUGCUGAUAGAAAAUAAUGAAAAUC